CGAACCGGGCGGGCGCUGCUGCUGCUGCUGUUGUCGCGACUGUCGCACCGCCGCUGCCUGUGCCUCUUGGCUCCGGUUGCGUCGCGCACUCUGCCUCUCGCGUCCCGGGGGCCGCGCGAAGAAGUGGUUCGCGUCCAAAGUCUCGAUGGGCUGGCGAUGGAGCGGCGGAGCCUGAGCAUCGCGGAACCCGCGCCGGCAGCUGCUGCAGGGAGGCCGGUUCUUCUGCCUCCUCCCGUCCUGCUGGAUCCAGCGCCUGGCGGGCGUUUGGGAGCGAUGAGCAGGAGCAGGCAAGUUGGAGCGAUAUCCAGCGAGCCAUCAGCCGCACUUCGCAUUCGGCCUCCUCCUCCGUCAAGCACCUCCUGGAGCCCUCACCGGUGCAGGGGAAUCCAAGCUUAGCCGGGCACACAGGAGGACUUGCUGCCUCUGCGGUUUAAGUCCGCCCCCCCCCGGCGCCCCGAGGCGCAAGGCACUUUCCCGGCGAUCGGCAGCUCGGCAGCCUGUUAAAGUUUACCCACUCUCCCGGCUCUGCCUCCCUUCCCCGCCUGGCGCUUCGGCUGCAGAGCGGAAACUCCUCAGGCUGGCGGAGGAGCCGAGGACCAGCCUACCUGGGAUGAUGCGUUAACUUGGUGCAAAGGAGUCCCCUCUUCCUCCUGUGCCCCUCCCCUCUCCCCCCCCCGCCUGGGCGCUUGCCUGGGCACUGGUUGGCGCUGGGUGGCUGCUUCCAGUCCUGCGAAGAAAGACCUUUCCGGGCAAUCCUCGGAGCUUGCAAAGCGAGAAAGAAAACAGUGAGGAGUUCUUGUUCUUCUGAUGAACCCUGGGUGGGGGAAGCUGCAGCAGGAGGCGCCCAUGUCCAGCCGGGCCCGGCGGGUAUCUCGGAGAGCAGUGAAGGGCUGCCCGGAAGGAAGGCUGGUCUCCUGGAGAGAGGGGAAGAUGCCCUCUUUCCCUGGGGGGAAGCCCUGGGGUGGCCGGAGGCGCCCCGGCCCAUUUGCUCACCCAAGAGUUUGCCUGUGAUGUGCAACAGUUGGCAGGGCUGGUUCCCUUGCCCCGGCUCCAGCCUGCCGGCAUGAAGGUUUUCCGCAGAAAGGCGCUGGUGCUCUGCCUGGGCUACGUCCUGCUCCUGCUCCUCACCAUGCUCAACUUGCUGGACUAUAAGUGGCACAAGGGGCCACCGCAGUGCAGCGAACCCUCGCCCGCCCGCCGCACCCCCUACCCACAGCAGCUGCCUUAUUACACCUACCAGUCCCGAUCAGAUACUCGGGCCCUCUAUGGGCCCCCAGUGCCCCUUGCCCGCAAGCGGCAGCUGGUCUACGUUUUCACCACUUGGCGCUCGGGAUCCUCCUUCUUCGGGGAGCUCUUCAACCAGAACCCAGAGGUCUUCUUCCUCUAUGAGCCAGUGUGGCAUGUGUGGCAGAAGCUCUACCCGGGUGAUGCUGUCUCCUUGCAGGGUGCAGCCCGGGACAUGUUGAAUUCCCUCUAUCGCUGUGACCUCUCUGUCUUCCAGCUCUAUAGCACGGCAGGGGCAGGGAAGAACCUCACCACCUUGGGCAUCUUUGGGGCAGCCACCAACAAGGUGAUUUGUUCCUCGCCGCUCUGCCCGGCCUACCGCAAAGAGGUAGUGGGCAUGGUGGAUGACAAGCUGUGCAAGAAGUGCCCGCCGCAGCAGCUCAGCCUGCUCCAGGAAGAGUGCCUCAAGUAUCACACCCUAGUCAUCAAGGGCGUGCGGGUCUUUGACAUUGGAGUACUGGCACCGCUUAUGCAAGACCCAUCCUUGGCUCUCAAAGUCAUACACCUGGUGAGAGACCCCCGUGCAGUGGCUAGCUCCAGGAUCAAGUCCCGCCAUGGGCUCAUCCGGGAGAGCCUGCAGGUAGUGAGGAGCAGGGACCCCCGCAUCCAUCGCAUGCCCUUCCUGGAUGCAGGGCAUAAGCUGAACAGCAAGAAGGAAGGGGGAGGUGGCUCAGACUACCACGCCUUAGGGGCCAUGGAGGUGAUCUGUGGCAGCAUGGCAAAGACCUUGCAAACUGCUUUGCACCCACCUGACUGGUUGAAGGGUAGCUAUAUGGCUGUCCGCUAUGAGGACCUCGUAGUAGACCCCAUCAAGACUUUGCGGCAGGUGUAUGGAUUUGUCAACCUAGCAGUGAGCACUGAGAUGGAGAAAUUUGCUCUCAACAUGACCAGUGGGCCUGGGUACUCCUCCAAACCCUUUGUGGUCUCUGCCAGGAAUGCUAGCCAGGCAGUGAAUGCCUGGAGGACAGCGCUAAGCUUUCUGCAGAUUAAGCAAGUUGAGGAGUAUUGCCACCAGCCCAUGGCCAUUCUAGGCUAUGAGAGAGUCAGUGGUCCAGAAGAAGUAAAGGAUCUCAGCAAGACCUUGCUUAGGAAACCAAGAUUGUGAAUGGACUGCAGGCUUCUAUAGAAAGGGGUUUCAUUUAGAGAGCAAUCUACAACUUUGCUGACAGUUCUGUUUACUUGAGAGACAGAGAGAUCAAGCAAAAUGUGGCUCUUUCUUAAGGACAUGUGUCCAGGAAGACAAUUGCAAUCUACCCAGGGACUAUUGAGGAUUGCACACAUUUAAUGUUUUUGCAUUGCUGGGUUGUCAAUAAUUUAAAACGCACACAUACUUCAGUGAGUAUUUGUAAGGCCUUUUCCCUCUCCAAAAGUGUGCAAGGCACGUGUUUCAGUAUGUACUAGAAUUUUUACAUACUUCUUGUUGUGAUGGUGAUCAUGAAGGACUUGCACAAUUGCUGAAACAUUAUUUUGGGUGGGGGUGUGUGGUGAGGAGGAGGCUGAAAUGGGGGAAUACCCAGUAAAGCAACAUGCAGAGGACUGGACUUUUGUGUAAAGAUUUAAAUG